GGCCGUUUAGUUGAAAACAUCGUUCUUUGUUUUUUAACAGAAUUUUAUACUUCAAUCAAAAUGAUCAAGAUUUUUAUGUUGUGUGUUGCAAUGGCAAUCGUGAGCCAACAAUUUGUUGACGCUACUCGACCCGACAACCAAGGUGGGUUCGGCGGACACAGUAGAUCAGGCCAUUCUGUUCCCGGUAGUUUCGGUGGUGAAAGUUUUGCAGGUGGCCAGGGAUUCAGUGGUGGAUUUGGAGGCCCUGGUUUCAGUGGUCCAGGUUUUGGCCGAGAAUUCGGUGGUGGAUUUGGAGUUCCGGGCGGUGGUUUCGGUGGUUUAGGAGUCGGAAACGGAAAUCGUCAUUAAUCAAACUAAAAAUAAUAAUUAUACAGUAGCUGACGUACAAAAAUAAAACAAAAACAUUCACAAUAUUUUA